AUGGUUCAACAAGUGCUUGGAGGAAAUGGAGGACACGCUGUCCUUUCUGAUGAUGUGUCGAUGGGGGCAAACGGAGAUGUAGAAGCUGUCGAAGGCGCUGCAGAGUGCAAUGACGACGACAUGGGUACAAUAUGUCAUGAGGCUCCGAAGAAGCACUUGGAGACGUCUUUGUGUCCAAGCAGCGCUGUUUCUGCACGUGGAGAGAGUGAUGACGAUUUCGUGGUGCGAUUCUCUGCGGCUCAGCUCAAGGCCAAGAUAGCGCAGGCCAAGUACGAGGUGAAGCUGGCCAUGGACGCCGAGCUGUUGGCUGUUCGCAAGGAACUCGUCGAGCGGCGCUACGAAGUCUUGGACUGUGCUCGGGAGCGAGAGAAGCUUGUGGCUCAGUGCGCAUCGCUUCAAAAGCGACUUGAUGCGUUGUUGCAGGAAAAUAAACAGACGCUGUGCGGCACGCGCGAGGAUCUGCAACUGGAGAAGCUCUUGGCGACGCUGGACGUCGAGAAAGCGGCACGGCAGAAGAUGCAACAGGAGUACGGGAAGCAACGACAAGAGCUGCUGCUGGCCCAAGAUCGAGUAGAGAAACUCGACGUGCAGGUUGCCAAUUAUCAAAAGACAGAGACGGUGCUAGCUCAGUCCGUCGCGCACCUGCAACAGCGCUAUACCAUCAAAGAUCAGCAGCGAGCAGUGUCCGUAGAGCAUGCACAACGAGAGCUGAUCGAGAAGCAUGAGCAAGAAAUUGCAAUGUGUCGUGAGGAGCUGGCGAUUGCCCGACGUACAGAGAAUAUGGCUCGAGAGCAAGUGCAUGAGCAUCAGAAGGAGCUCAAGGCGCUGCGUGACAAUGCGCCGCAAGUGUCACAAUCUGCACAUCACGUCGUUUCAGGAGAAUACCAACUGCAGGAUAAGGUCGCACGGCUUGAGAUUGAAAACGCAGAGCUCCAGCGCAAGGAAGAGCAAGUGCAACAGGCGAACGCUCAGCUUCGCAGCCAGCUCAGUGCUCAGCUCGAGGAGCUUUCAUCGUUGCGGCAUGAGAAGGAAGGGCUGCAACGAGACAACAAAGAAUUGGGCGAGAUUGCCAGCGACUUGAUGCAAAUGGCCGAGAGGCAGUACGCUGAAACCGUAAAGCGCGGUAUCCCUCCUGCAGUAUCGACACAUAGCACCCUGGUUGACACAACUGGAAUGACCCACGAAGAGGACGGAAUCUUUUUGCAAAAGCGGAAAAAGCGCUUACGGUUGUCACUCGGCUAA